GUAUAACUCCAAAAUUAUCUAAUGUAAAAGAAAUAGUACCAAAAAUAGUUAACUUAGCAUGGUCACCACAAGAUUUAAUACAUCCCAAAGAAACAUUAAAAAGAAAUGUCCAUAUUUGACAGAGAUAUCUGAUACAAAUCACAAACGUUCUCCUAUUUAUAUAAAACAAAGGGUCGCAAAAGUGAAGAAGAUGCAAAAAACAAUGCAGUCAUUAUGUGAUAAUGAUUCAAGUUCCACUGAAAGCAUACGAUCUUUCUUUUUUAAGUCUAGGCGUAAUUCAGAUGAUACAUCAUCCGAUGAAGAUACCUUCAAUAGAUUGAGACAAAGUAAAAGUUCUACAUCAUGUACAGUUAGUACAAAAGAAAAUGAAAGUCAUCUUCAUAAACAAGAAAAACGCAAAGGACAAUUAAAAAUUGACUUGCAAAAAAAUAACAUGAGAAAUAAGAAAACUGAUUGUAAUAAUGCAAGGAAAGAAAAUGAUGACAGCAGAGAUUCGGUUUUAAGCCAUUCGGACAAUGCAACAUAUGGAAAGCUUACUAAAAAAAAGACAAAGACACGUUCAUUAUCAAAGUCAAACCAGAAAGAUUUCACCGACUUGCAUCAGGAAAAAUCUGAUUCCAAUUCUGAUAAGGAAUUCCAGAAAUCAAAGAUUUCUUAUACUAGUUUGAAUACUGAGAGAAAAGCUAAAAAGAGUCAAGUGAUAUCUAGUGACUCAAAUUUAGAGUCCACAUCACAAUUAACAAAAAAAAUUACAAUUAAUAAAGAACAAAGCUUACAGUUCAAAUCUCAUGUCCUCAAAAUUUUUAAUAAAUUUAAAACUGUCUGUUCAGAAUAUGAAUUACAAAUGGAACGUGUAAAAUGGAAAUACUUCAAGAAAGAAUUGGUGUAUCAGGAAUCAGCGUAUAAUGUUAUAAGAAAAUCAAAAAGUGUGAUUAACAAUCUUGUAAUGGAACUCAAUGCACAAGAGGAAGAAUUAAUCAAUUUCUAUGAAGAAUGGAAUAAACAUAAAAUACAAAGGACGGAUCAUGAGGAGAGUUCUUUAAGUGAAAACGAAGUAGCAAAAGAAACAGAGACUAAAGAGGGAUUAGAAAAAUCAAGAAAUAACUCAAAUGCAGAAAGUGUAGUUUCCGAAUGUGAUAAUGAUGAAAUAUUUUCAGACGAAGGAACAAGUGCUAAUAAAAACAGAACAAAUAAUGGUACAAUAACUGUUUCAGAAACAUCAAUAGACAACAGUGGAAAUAAUGAUCAAACUUCUAUUUUGGUAAACAAAGAAAGAAAUAAAACUCACAUAAAAGCUGAUGAAAAUGAAAAAACAUCUGAAAAACUUCAGAUACCAACAAAUGAAAACAAUUUGAACGAAUCCAUAGAUGAUAUAUUUGAAGAAAAUACAAAUGAAAAUAUAGAUGACAUCAAUAAUUCGAAUGAAGUCGAAGAUGAACAUAAGAAUGAGGAUAUUCUAAACAUGAAGGAAGUUGGGAAAAAUAAUGAUAAUAAAGAUAAAAACUUUUUGGGAUGUGAAAAACUGAGUACAGAACUUGAAGAUAAAAAUUCAUGUUCUGAAAAUGCAAAAUCUGAAUCAGUUCCUUUUAAAGAGGAUAUAAAAUCAACUGAAACAAAGGAAGAUGACGUUUUAGAUGAUAUUGAUGCCGAAAGACAAGCUAAAGUAGCUCUAUUGGAAUCAGACUCAGAAACACAAACAAAUGAUGAAUCAUUGGCUGAAAAGCCUACUAAAAGUUUUGGCAUAAGUGAUAAUUUCGAAGAAAAAGAUGUGUCGCAAUCAGAAGAGAAAAAAUGUGUUAAAAAAGGAAGAAAAAAUAAGACUCCAGAUAUCCCUGAAAAUAAUUCACCGAAUGAACUUGAUGAAGAAGCUUAUGCUAAACAAGUACUACUUGAAUCAAAUUCAGAUGAUUCUACGAGUCCUUGUAAUAAUAAGAAAACUGAUAGUAAGAAAACUUUUAAUAAAAAACGUGAGACAAGUGACAAUAGUGAAAAUUCAAGUUCUGAUAAUGAUAUUAUAUUGGAAACUCCAACAACAAAGAAAAAUAAAGAUAAAGAAAAAGAUCACGUAAAAAAUAAGAAUGUAUUGGACUCUAAAAGAUCAGUAUGUUUAUCCAAAAUAAACUAUACCGGGCCAGAUAAAAAAUUAAAAAUGUUUGCUAAAAUUAUUGUUGAAAGAUUACCGAAGGAUGUUCGUAAAAAGUAUGAAAAUGCGUUAGAGAAAUCUCGAGAGUAUUUGGAGAAUAAAGAGUUUAGAAGUCUAAUUGACUUGGGCAGAUUACGAAGAAAUACCAUUGAUCAUAAGAGUACCAUUGAUUCAAUACAAAAUCCCUUGCCAAAAAAAAUAAGAAAGGCUAAAGUGCAGGAAAUUGAAGAUUCUCUACUGGACCAUUUAAAAAAUGUGGAAGAUAAGGAAUUUGAAGAAAAUACAGAGGAAGAUUCUAAUACAGAAAAUAAUAGCUCAAUCACAAAUGCCGAAAUGCAAACUAAUUUUCAGUCUAAUAGAGAAUUAAUGCUAGAAGCAGAUGCAGCUACUAAGAAAUCACUUUUAUGUUCUUCUGAUUCAGAUUUUGGUAAACAAAAAGAAUCUGCUUCUGAAAACAGUAAUAGUGAUGAUGACAAAAAUAAAUCCAAAUUAAAGAAUUGUUCAAAACAAGCGACUGAAAAAAUAAAAAAAGAGAGUAAUGAUGAGGAAAAUGAUGACAACCGGAAGAAAAAUAAAUGGAGACAAGAUAAACUAUUAAAAAUGAAAUUAUCCUCUGAUUCAGAUUCUGAUGUAGCAAGAGAAAAAUGGAAUAAGAAACAAAAAGAAAUAGAAAAUCAUACUGAAACUUCAACUACCAAGAAUAAAGUUGUGAAACGUGAAAAAAGAAAGUGUAGAAAGAUUAUAGAUUCUGAUUCAGAUGUACAGCUGUUAAAUUCUGAUACAGAAUCAAGUAGUUCGGGUAAUAAAUCAGAUAGUGACUUUUCAGUGGGGAAACUAAAAAACAUACGUAAACGUAAGUCACGUAAAUCAUCUGAUACGGAUUCUUCCGUUGCAGAAAAAAGAAAGCGGAAGAGAAAACGCAUUAAAAAUAUGCCUAGCGAUAGUGACGAAAGUAUCGAUAAGGAUCAGAUCACGAAUUCUCAAGGAACACCUGGAAAAAAAGGACGAAAAAAUAUACGGAAAGUAAUGAAAGAUAAGCAAGUUACACAUGAUACCAAGCAAGCUGCAAAAGAAGAGGAAGAAAGACUUAAACGUAUUUCUGAAAGACAAAAACUGUACAAUGAGAUGUACGAAAUAAGAUUGGCCGGGGAAGAAAAAGUAGACACAUUAGUAUUAGAUUUUGAUCCUGAAACGAAAAAAGAAUUGGUGACUGUUCAUAAAGAUUUAGUAAAGAAUUUGAAACCUCACCAAGCUAAGGGAAUAAAAUUCAUGUGGGAUUCGUGUUUUGAAUCAUUGGAAAGAAUAAAGUCUUCCAGUGGAUCUGGAUGUAUACUUGCACAUUGUAUGGGAUUAGGCAAAAGUCUUCAAGUAAUUGCCUUGGUACAUACACUUUUGACAUACGAAACGGGUAUCAAAACAGUUAUGAUCGUUUGCCCUUUAAGUACGGUACUCAAUUGGGUAAACGAAUUUGCCACAUGGUUGAAGGACAUAGAUGACGAUAUCGAAAUUUACGAAAUGACGAAAUUGAAGAAGAAUAUAGAACGAAGAUUUCAAUUGGAAAGUUGGCAGAAAUCUGGGGGCGUGUUCAUUAUCGGCUAUGAAAUGUUUAGGAAUCUUAGCGGCGCAAAUAAAAAAAUGAGAAAGAAUAUGAAAGAAGCAGUUUUACAAUACUUAAUAGAUCCUGGUCCGGACGUGAUAGUUUGUGACGAGGGGCAUUUACUAAAAAACGAGGAUACUGCUCUUAGUAAAUCUAUGAAUCGUAUUAGAACACUACGGAGGAUUGUACUUACAGGAACACCGCUUCAAAAUAAUCUGAUAGAAUAUCACUGUAUGGUACAGUUUGUAAAACCAAAUCUUUUAGGAACAAAGAAAGAAUUUCUAAAUAGGUUUGCAAAUCCAAUAACUAACGGCCAGUUCGAUGAUUCUACCGAAUAUGACGUUAAAUUAAUGAAGAAACGUGCAUACGUUUUACACAAGAUGUUAAAGGGCUGUGUGCAAAGAUUCGAUUAUUCUGUGCUAACACCUUUCUUACCUCCGAAACAAGAAUACGUGAUCUUCGUCAGUUUAUCAGAAGUGCAAGUUAAUUUGUAUCAACAUUAUUUGGAUAAUUUUGCAAGACGAUUACGCAAUGCCAAUGGAUCUCUUUUCGCGGAUUUCCAGGUGUUACAAAGAAUAUGGACACAUCCUUGGGUUUUGCGAAAAAAUGCAGAGAAAAUAGAAAAGAUGAAUGAGAAAAGGUUCACCGAUGAUUCCGAAGGUUCUUUGAAAGAUUUUAUUAAUGAUGGCGAUUCAGAUACUUCUACCAACUCUAGUACAAGCAGCGUUAUUGAAGACAAUGACGACGUCCAAGCCGUCGACGAGGAACCUGAGAAAAAAGAAGAGGAAUGGUGGUUACAGUUCGUCAAACCUGAAUACUUUGAAGACAUGAGGAUUUCCUCUAAAUUGAUACUACUUUUUGGAAUUUUGAAAGAAUGCGAACAAAUUGGAGACAAAGUCCUGGUAUUUUCGCAAUCGUUGUAUUCGUUGAGUCUAAUCGAGCACUUUCUUGAAAAAAUCGAUAAUGCAACGCAGAAUGACGAAGUUUCUGAAUACAUUGACGGACAUGUUGGAAGUUGGUCAUUGGGAAUAGACUAUUUUCGAUUGGAUGGUCAAACAUCCGCUGAGAAUAGAAACUCAUGGUGUAAAAUAUUUAAUGAACCGACAAACACAAGGGCAAGAUUGUUCCUAAUUUCGACUCGAGCAGGUGGACUGGGAAUUAAUCUAACCGCAGCCAAUCGCGUUAUUAUUUUCGAUGCAAGCUGGAAUCCUUCUCACGAUGUUCAAAGUAUAUUUCGUAUAUACAGAUUUGGCCAGAAGAAACCAUGUUACGUCUAUCGGUUUCUAGCAGCUGGAACAAUGGAAGAGAAGAUUUAUAAUCGACAAGUGACGAAACUGUCACUUUCCUGUAGAGUAGUUGAUGAACAACAAAUAGAACGUCAUUAUAGCAAUCAUGAUUUGAGUGAAUUAUAUACAUUUGAACGGAACACCGGAGAGAAACCGACUCUAAAUUUACCCAAAGACAUUUUAUUAGCAGAGAUAUUUUUGAAAUAUAAAAAUUUCGUAGAGAAUCAUCACGAACAUGACUCUCUCCUGGAAAAUAAAGCAGAGGAAGAACUGAAUGAAGAAGAGAGAAAGCAAGCUUGGUUAGAAUACGAAGAGGAAAAGAAAGGAAAACCGCCAGCAAUGCCAUCAUAUUCAGCAAAUAAUAUGAUGGCGUUCCCAAAUAAUAUGAUGUUAAAUCAGUAUAAUAUGGCAUCAAUAUUUACCGCUGGCACGGAUAUCAAACAACUCCAAGAACUUCUUCGAAAAGAUUAUCCUAAUACAUCACCGGAAGCCCAAAAAAUAAUGACUGCUAGUGUAUUAACAAAAAUGUACAACUACUGGGAACAACAUUCUUUAUAUAAUAAUGCAAAUCGAAUGGUCAAUCAGAAUCCAAAUGUGAAUCCAGUACAGAUAAGGACUCAAAUACCCAAUUUGGCACGAGUAUCUUAUGUAGUACCAAAUACAAAUAAGAAUUUAGCCAAUCAAUCAAAUAAUUAUAGGACUACUGAUAUUAGAACGGAAAAUAUCGACGAUGAUGUUAUAGAGGUCACCUCAACUACAGUAAAUAACAAAAAUAAAAAUCAAGAGGAAUAAAUGAGAUAAAAGAGGUGCGAUAAACAUUACUAAAAGCUAUAUAAUAUUAUUAUUAAAUAAUAUUAAUAUUAUUUUAUAUAGUUUAAUAUUUUAUUUUAAAUUUUUAUAUUGUAUUUUGUAUUGCAUUUUAUUAUAUUAUUAUAUUUAUAUACUUAAUACUUAGCAUCAGUAUUGAUAUAAUAGAAUAACAUAUAUAGUUACAAGAAUUAAUUAAUCAUUUCUAUUUAAUGAGUUCUAUAGUUUAUCAACUAUAUAUACAUACAUAC